AUGGCGGCACAACCAGCAGGUGCAGCCAAAUCCAUUACACCAAAAAGAAGAAAAAUGGCGGCACCAGCAGCAGCAAAAAGCCCUAAGAAACCAAGAAUAACAGAAAAAGCUGCAACAUGUUCAUGUUUACCGGAUGAAUUAUGGGAAAAAAUCUUCAAAUCUCUCAACUGCAACCACCAGUUUCUCUCCGUCGUCUCCAAACAGUUUCUCUCUAUCACCAACUGUCUCCGAUCCUCUCUCACAAUCACCGAUGAAACCAUCCCUUACCUUCCUCGACUCUUUCACCGGUUUCCUAACCUCACAUCCGUAGACCUCACUCGCUUAUCCCAAGCACGUGACCUCGGCGCCAUUCUUACACAAAUCUCCACCUUCUCCUUCGAUCUGCGUUCAUUGUCAUGCAACAGCUUCGCUGCAAAUGGAUUUCUAGCUUUGUCCAAAACGAUGAAAAAUUUGACCUCUUUCUCGUUUACUCCUUUGUUUCCGUCCACUCGAAGAAUGGGUAAUAUCAAGAAGAAUGACUUUUUAUUCAUUUUUCAUUGUUUCCCUUUACUUGAUAAUCUCACUCUCACUUUUUAUCCCGAUGAACCUAGUGAUCAAAUCCUAAAGUUUGAGUUGUUUCGGUCACGAAUUGAUGGCAGUUUUUCAUGGAAAUAUGAAAUAACAAUUUUAUGA